AUUCAUAAGCGGGCAAUGCUUGCGAACGGGCGACAACGCGAUACGGGAUAAAGAUACCUUGAUAAAGAAAUUGUACUCGUAUGUACAAGAAGCUGCAGCAGCAAAGGCUUACAAAAGUUUUUAAGUGCCGUGGCAGAAGAGAAAAUCUAAAAUCUAAAGUGACCAAUAUUUUAAACAAAAAAACUAAACUCUAUAUAUGAUUUGAAAAAAAAAAAAACAGCCAAUAUGAAGGAGUUUAGCAAAAUGUUUGCGCGACGAUAUAGUUCAGUAUCAAGAGACGUAGAGGCCAGCAAUCAGCGGCAGUCAGCAGUGACCCCUGGAUCUGGGUUGAGCACAGACGCAGAUCCUGCGGUGUCUUGUGCCGCUCAGGUAGCACUGCAACGAAUCCAGCGCCGCAAAAGUCUCAAGGCAAAUCGUUCAAUGAAUCCGAUAGACAUACUAAGCAGCUUUUUCAACGAGCCAAUCCAAGGCAAACGGAAUCGAGUUCCUACCCGUUUAUUUAUACUUCUAGUCAUCGGAUUUUUGGCUAUUAUAACAUCUACACUGAUUAAAGUUUUGGAACCAUACGAUUUGAUAUUUAAAUGGAAAUUAAUCAUGACAGAGGGAGGUGAGAUCUUUAAUCUGUGGGCCCAGCCUCCAGUCGAUCUGUAUAUUAAGAUAUAUUUGUUCAACAUAACCAAUGCCAACGCGUUUUUAGCGGGUCGCGAGCAGCUUAGAGUCGAACAAGUUGGUCCCUAUGUUUAUAAGGAGAUAAUGACACAUGAGAAUGUAACGUUCAAUUCGAAUAACACCAUGUCCAGCACUCCCAGUCAUCCCUUAGUCUGGCAGGAGGAAAUGUCUGGGAAUUGUCGUGAGGACGAUGAGGUUGUAAUGCUCAAUAUUGCCAUGCUGGCAAUAUCACACCUUACUGCCAACCAGCCGUUCUUAGUUAGAAUGGCUCUGAAGACACUACUACUGAGUACAAAGUCGGAGCCAAUAGUUCGCACCACUGCCAAGGAAUUCAUGUUUGGCUAUCCCUCCGCCCUGGCCACUCUCGGCAACACCUUCCUUCCAAAUUGGAUUUCCUUUGAAAAGGUUGGGCUUAUCGAUCGCAUGUACGACUUCUCAACGGAUUUCGAGACGUUCUACACAGGCGUGCCCAAUCCAGCGCUUUCGGGAUUAUAUGCAUCGUAUCGCGGAGAGACAACGCUGCCACAGUGGGACGGGGACCAUUGCAGCAACAUAGAGUUUGCAUCUGAUGGUACAAAGUUCAAAAGCUUCAUUCAGCCUAACGAGACCGUUAAGUUCUUCCGAAAAAGCAUGUGUAGACCGAUAAACUUGUACCGGGUGGGAAACGAAAAAACCUAUGGCAGCCUUAAAGGAUAUAAUUAUGUAUUUGAGGAUAACGCCUUUGAUAAUGGCGCAACUAAUGAAGCUAACAAAUGUUUUUGUAGAAAAGGUGACUGUCAGCCGGUUGGACUUAUUGAUGUUACUGACUGCUAUUACGGAUUCCCAAUCUCCUUAAGUUUUCCCCACUUCAUGAACGGUGACGUGGGGCUCCAACAAAACGUCACCGGCAUAAGUCCAGAUCCGGAUAAACACUCAUCAACCUUUGUCAUUCAACCGGAAUCCGGCCUGCCGUUGUCACUCUCUGUAAAAGUGCAAAUUAACAUGCACUUUAAGGACCUGAGCAAUUUUCCAGUAGUAUCUGUAUUUAAUCAUCUAACAGUGCCAAUGUUGUGGUUUGAAAUCAUGAUGUCAAAGCUGCCCGACAGCUUGGACUCGCGGUUCAACUUUUACCUGAACAUUUUGCCGUUAGUUAAUCCCUUAGGCUUUUGGAGUGGCAUACUAUUGGGAAUAAGUCUUUUGGGGUAUGCAAUAACCAAGGCCACGCUUCACAUGUCUACCUUUUCUCGACGAGCUGCUAAUAUAACAGAUGUUAAAUAUGUACGAGCAAAUUUAAUUCAAAACAUCGCAGGUGAAGCAGCGAAUCAUGCUUACAGUCCGUGCGAUAUUAAGUUACUAGAUGAUAUUUCGGUUGUAAGGCAUCCUGUUAAUAAGCAAACAGUCCAGGAUUCUGGAUUCAGUUCAAAAACAACAUACGCCUUGGAUAUGGAACCUGCUUUAUUAGACACGAGCGAGAGCAGCGACGAGGGGCGAGAUUGUGAUAUUGUUACCAUAUCCCGUAAUUCUACAAGCACCCGCUUUUGCGCAGAUGAAAAAAAAUGCUGGCUCGGCGACGAUAUACGAGUCGAGUGUUUCACCGAGAGUCGAGCUCCUCAAACGAUUUUGAAAAGGGAAGAACAAAUACAUUAAGGCAACAGGUGACAGGCUCAGGUGUAACUCAGGGAGCCCAAAGUUUAUCAGCUCACUUUUCGCCAUGGAGAAAUCACCAUUUAGUGGUUUUGGAUGUGUAACCGAUCUGGAACAUUAGGUUUUUGGCUAAUAAAUCUAAGUUAUAGAAUACAGCUCUCGUAGUGUUAAUUCAAUCGCUAAUUUGAUUCAAUUUAUUUUAAUACACACGCUAAUAGCUGUUUAAAAACUGUGAUAGGUUUAAACAAAAUGUUGUAGUUCAUAAUGCUUAGAAGAAUUACAUUUUACCCCUGUAAAU